AAUAUCACAGAAAGGGCGUUAAUCUCCAUGAAUACAUCUUGAAUGAUAACAAAUGACUAUGUGUGCAUAUCAAUGAGUCUUACAAUAUUUAAUGCAGUUCUUUUGGUCGUGAGAAGGGGGGGGCAAGGGUCAGUUGUCAUGUUUUGGCGCGCAUGCUUUGAAAUCAUCAACGACAUUUAUACCCGAAAAGCAUCUUCCAGCCACGCGACGUUCUCGGUCUGGGGCUGCCCGUAUCUUUACUGUCGAGGGUAUUGGAUAGGCGAUGAUAGCGUGGAUAUUUGGGUGAUGGAUGAUGAUGGACAUAAAGUGGCGUUUUUUUUUUACUAUUCUAGGUCUAUAGACGGAUGUCAAUGUGCAGAGCUGAUACUGCUCACGGGCAGGUGGAAAAAACCUCGUGCUCGCGUGUGGAGUCAUAGCAGUUAAUCCCCUCUGUCCACCCACAACAAAACUACAUUCGCGAAGCCGCACCCAGUAAAUUGAAAUAGCAGACGCACGUGAUGGGUAUCUAGAAAUCACGUUAGCCCACCGUUCAUCCGGCACACAAGCGAGGACCUAGAAGGAACCCUGAAUAGGAACCC